GCUUCUUCCUAAUGCUAACCAAAACUAAUACUAAUGCAUUUAUAAACAAGCCACCGAAACAGAAAUAUCCCACAACUCAUUUCUUUCUAUCUUUCACUUUUCCACAAAACACAAACAAGAUUACAACACCAUUUCCAAUGGCUUAUCCUUACAUUCUCUAUUCCCUCUCUCUUCUCUCUCUCUUCACAUUCUCAUUCUCAUCCUCAAACCCAAACCCAAACACCAUUACUCUUCCACUUUCCCCACUAUUCACAAAAUCCCAAUCCUCAGAUCUAAUCAACUCCCUCAAAACCGCCGCUACAUCUUCCCUAACAAGAGCCCACCACCUCAAAACCCAAAACCCGAAUCACAAGCAACCAUCAUCUUCCCAUACCAACACACAAAUUUACCCCAAAAGCUACGGCGGUUACUCAAUCAACCUCAACUUCGGAACACCGCCGCAAACCUUGUCUUUCAUCUUAGACACAGGUAGCAGCCUCGUAUGGUUCCCGUGUUCCUCUCACUACCUCUGUUCCAAUUGCAACUUCCCAAACAUCAACCCGACAAAAAUCCCUUCCUUCAUUCCCAGAAACUCAUCCACCUCGAAAAUCCUCGGUUGCACAAAUUCCAAAUGCGGUUACAUUUUCGGACCAGACAUUAAAUCUCGUUGCAGAGGUUGUAAUCCACAAUCUCAAAACUGUAGCAACAUCACUUGUCCUGCUUAUAUAAUCCAAUACGGUUUAGGCUCAACAGCUGGUUUUUUACUAUUGGAUAAUCUAGAUUUCCCCGGGAAAAAAACAGUAGAAAAUUUUCUCGUAGGUUGUUCCAUUUUAUCUACCCGACAACCCUCCGGUAUCGCCGGAUUCGGUCGAGGAGAAGAUUCUCUUCCGUCGCAAAUGGGACUUAAAAGAUUCUCUUAUUGCUUACUUUCUCACCAAUUCGACGACUCGUCGGAAAAUAGUAAUCUCGUUUUGCAGGUUUCUUCCACCGGCGAUGGAAAAACAAGUGGCUUAAGCUACACGCCGUUUCGGAAAAACCCGUCAACGAACAACACGGCAUUCCUUGAAUACUAUUAUGUGAAUCUUCGGACUGUCGUUAUUGGAGGGAAACGUGUUAAGAUUCCGUUAACGAUUUCGGAACCGGGAACCGACGGUAACGGUGGAACCAUCGUUGAUUCUGGAUCAACGUUUACUUAUAUGGAAAAGGAAAUUUUUGAUUUGGUUUCGAAAGAGUUUGAGAAGCAACUUUCUAAUUAUAGCAGAGCGAAAGACGUUGAAGCUGCAUCGGGGUUGAGUUUAUGUUUUAACUUCACUGACGUGAAAACUGUGCAGUUUCCGGAGUUGGUGUUUCAGUUUAAAGGGGGUGCAAAAAUGAAGUUGCCGGUUGAGAAUUAUUUUUCUUUGGCGGGUGAAGGGGAGGCUGCGUGUUUGACUGUUAUGUCUGACGGAGUUUCUGCGCCUGAGAGAAACGGUGGUCCGGCGAUUAUUUUGGGGAACUAUCAGCAGCAGAAUUUUAAUAUUGAGUUUGAUUUGGAUAAUGAUAGGUUCGGAUUUGGACCUCAGAGUUGUCAAAAAAGUGCUUAAUUUUUAAUCAUAUUGAUUAAUGAUAGGUUGGAAUUGGAAAUGAUUGUGUUGAAUGUGCUGGCUUUUUCAAAACCGUUGGAAAUGAAAUCACGGUGGUUAUUGGAAUGCAUGGUUGUGACUGUGCGGCGUGGCGGGGAGUUUAUUAUUUAUGAUUUAUUUCAUUUAUUGUUUAAUAUGGUGUCAAUGGAGUAAGAAUAAGAUUAUUCAUUGGCUUUUCUUUUUA